AUGUCUGAACAAAGUUCUGAAUCUAAUAAUGGUACUAAUGACAAUUCAAACAAUAAUAGAAGGCCACAAUAUUAUUGUUACUCUUGUCGCAGAGUGAUAGAACCUUUGAUGGCUCCUUAUCCAACCUGCCCUCGUUGUAAUCGUGAAUUCGUGGAAGAGAUUGAAGAUGAUAAUGAUCCAAGAGAAUUUGCGGAACAUAAUUUAAGUGGCCAUGAUACCGAUGAUGAACUUGAUGAUCCUUUUACUCCUGGAAAUCUUCAAAAUGGGCCUUUUGAUGCUAUGCAAAUUAUACAAAAUGUAAUAUCUUCAUUUUUACAGACUGGAUCCGGUGGUCCUUUCAGAGUUCAAACUGAAAGUCAUUUAAAGAUAAAUCCACCAGCCGGAAUAGAAGUUGUUGACACCGAAACCUUUAAAAGUUGGAAAUUAAACAUCGAUGGAGUGGACGGAACUCUUUAUGCUGGUGAAAGAUUCACCCUGGAAUUUCGAUUUUCUCCAAAUUAUCCCAUGGAAUCACCAGAGGUUGUAUUCACCGGGAAUGUACCAAUACAUCCACAUGUUAUAUGUAGAGCAAUGAUUAUAAAUAGUAUAAGAUUAAAAAAGAUUGCAAUUGAAUGGCGUUUAGAUACUAUGUUAAAGUCAACAGAAUCUUCUAUAACAAAUUCAAAAACGAAUGCUAAAUUAUACGCUGAAUGUUUAGAAGCAUAUAUUGGAGGUUAUUAUUUUGACUUGUAUGAAAAAUAUGGAGAAAUCGAGGCUGAUUCAAGAAUAAGAAAUUUUUGUAUUGAUUUAAUCGAACCUGCAAUCGAGCCUAUAUUUAAAUUAGUCUUUGCAAUUAAUCUUAUUCAAAUGGUUCAGGAUAAAAUGAGAAAUAAUUAA